CCGCAGGUAGGAUGCUCUCUCACGUCAACUUUGAAUCAUCUGAAGUCCAUUUCUCACCAUACAUGUGUGGCAGCUGCAGCCGACCAGAGACGCUGGGCUGAAACUUCUGUCUCUGUUCCAGGUUCAGCUUCGCAGCUCAGAGACACGCCAGGAUGUUCUACUUUCACUGUCCGCCUCAGCUGGACGGAGAGUGCUGUCGCUCCAACACAUUGAAUUCAAGCGGUUUUGGCAACCACGCCCCGGCUGAUUUUGAUGAUGGAUUUCUACGUAGAAAACAGCGCAGAAACAGAACAACAUUUACUUUGCAACAGUUGGAGGCUUUGGAGGCGGUCUUCGCCCAGACUCACUACCCGGACGUGUUCACCCGGGAGGAGCUGGCCAUGAAGAUCAACCUGACCGAGGCCAGGGUGCAGGUUUGGUUUCAGAACCGCAGAGCAAAGUGGAGGAAGACGGAGCGAGGGAGCGCAGACCCUGAAGGAGGAAAAGAGCAGAUGAGUGAGGGCACUCCUCCAUCUCGCAGCAUCAACUCUCAAUCCCCAGUGGACCACAGCAGAAAACAAAAAGAACCUCUGGAGAUGCAGCAGAGUAUCAACAGGACAGUGGGUCCAAGUGGUCCGUUCUUCCCAUCUUGUAUACCAGGGACACUCCUCAACUCUGCCACCUACGCUCAGGCCCUCUCACAGGUUGCCACACUGAAAGGUAAUGGUUUGUGCUCCUGCUGUGUUUCCGACCCCAUGGGCUUGUCCUUCCUGCCACCCUAUGGUUGUCAGGGCAACCGCACAGCCAGCGUGGCCGCCCUGCGCAUGAAGGCCCGUGAGCACUCGGAGGCCGUGCUGCAGUCUGCCAACCUGCUCGGUGCGGCGACUGGACCUGCCGCCGGCAUGGGAGUCCUGCCUGGAGUCGGCGUGAGCUCAGCCGGGGUGGUAAGGUCUGCAGUGGGUCCUGCCAUCGAGGUGGGAAGAGGAGGAGACAGCUCCAGUCCCGGCCCGGCCACCAAGGUCCCAGUCCUGAGCAGCAGUCCUGACAAACACCCUCACUGUUCCAAGGAACCACUGGAGAAAAAGUGAGGCGUAGGACAUAAACAUGGACGUACUGAUACUCUGUGUGAUCGUGCCUGUUAUUACUCCUCUACUCAUCCUAUGAGCAACUAAGCACAACUACUGAGUGACUCCAGAAAAGGCCUGGGAAAGACUUCACUGAUAUCACAAUGUAUGGAUGCAAACAUUAAAAUAUUUAUUUGACAGUAAAUUAUUAUUAUUGUUUGUGAGAAAUGCUGAAUAUUUGGGGCUUUGUUAUCCCUAUAGAAGCACAAGUGUGGUUUUGGAUCUAUAUCUGUCUUCAUGCACUCUUGGACUCUAUUUGAUGGACUAACAUAGAUUCAACAUGUGUGCAAAAAAGACCUAUUUGAUAAUGUGAAUUUAAGUAAUCCUGAAACAGUUCCUCUUGUUUUCACAAAGAGGGCUGAUGCGUACAUUGUGAAUGUUAAUGCAUGUAUACUGUGUAGAACUGAUGGCAGGACAGUGAGGAUUUUGGCAAUAUAACGUUUAUGCUGUCAGGUCAGAAAUGGGCUCAAACAAUCUCUCAUUCUUUUGAUUUUAAAGUGAAAGUGCACUUUAAUAUUAAUCAGCCAUUUUCAGUGUAAAUAUGUACAUGUGCCAGAAUACAGUAUGUUCAUGUAGGAACCCCAGGCUGGCUGAAGCAGACCCAGGGACAGAGGGGUGGCUGUCCCUUCCGCUCUGUUAGCACAUCUGUAGCGUCAGCAGACAGGGAACACACCAGUCCUGUUGUGACAUGUUUUUUUAAAAACAAUUAAAGAUGUAGUCGCUCAUGUUCCUCUCCUGUUGCCUCUUGCUCCAGCCAUCUGUUCUGAUACAUUAUUUAUCAGUUUCCCUUAAAGCCGGGAGAGGAGAGCGAUCGUGGCUCUUAUUAUUUAUUUACUUUUAGGAACGCUCACCAUCUUCCUCUUUCACUUCCUCUCUCUAAGCAUUUUUU